GGGAAGGUGAGAUGCCCAGUGAUAAGGAAGCCUGUAGACGAAUAUAAUAGUAAGGAGUAUGAAUGGCAGCGCAGGGAGCAUCGUAACCCUGCCACUUCUAGCCACGUCCCAAUGGCCGCAAUCGAUGUGUUGACACUUACGGCGACGGAAGCACAACGGAUGCUCAAGAAUAACGAGACGACUUCUGUAUCCAUGGUGGAGGCCUAUUUGGAGCAAAUCAACAAACACAACACCGCAGGACUUCAGCUUCGUGCUCUGAUUGCAGUCACGCCGAAACAGAUAGUCUUGGAUACUGCACGCCAUCUGGACCAAGAGCGUCGUGACGGCAACACUCGGGGCCCGCUCCAUGGCAUUCCGUUCAUCGUCAAAGAUGUUUUCCUCACGGACGCUACGCUCGGGUUGCCGACGACAGCGGGCGCGCCAUGUUUUGCAAACGCUAAGGCAAAGCGUACCUCACCCCUGAUACAAUGUCUUCUGGACCAAGGCAUGAUCUUACUCGGUAAAGCCAAUCUUACUGAGUUCUGCGGUCUGAAGAUCAAGGAUGGCCUCACCCCUGGAUGGUCCGCAAUGGGUGGCCAAACUCAGAGCCCGUACAUCUUUGGUGGACUUGAGGAAGGUGAGGCGCUCAUAGGUCAUUCUUCUGCGGGCGGCAGCUCCUCUGGCAGCGCGAGUGGCGUAGCGGCUGGCUUCGCACCGCUCAGCAUUGGAACGGAAUGCGUUGGUUCGUUGAUCACGCCAGCCAACCGAGCGGCAUUGUAUGCGCUGAAGUGCGGCCUCGGAGCUGUCGACGGUAGGACUAUGUUCAAGUAUACUGACUGCAUAGACUGCAUUGGCGGCAUGGCAAAGAGUACUGCCGAUCUCAGCACCUUCAUCGCAGCCAUGAUGCAUAGAAGCGAGCCUUUCAAUACCACAGGCGGUUUCGGCGGCCUGCGUGUCGCUUUCACCAACGUGAAGGAGUGGCGGUUGCCAGAGGGAUACUGCCGUUGGCCUGGUGAUACCCGUGAACAGAUGCUACGCCCUCUCUAA